CCCUAUAUUUCCUCACUAGUUAAGUGACAGCCGCUUUUUGAAGCAACCACCGUUAGCUGCCUGAGCUCCCAUCCCUUUCGGAAAAUCUCAGUACUAUUAAUUGUUGCUUUAGAGAGAGAGAGAGAGAGAGAGAGAGAGAGAAGGGGAAGUACUACCGAAGUAAGGAAGGCAUGGGGAACCAAAAGAAGAGCAGUGGGUCGAUUCGAUCCAUUUUCAUGCAUUCAGAUGGCAUUGAUAAGCUGCUUAUGGGCUUCGGAUUCAUUGGGUCGCUCGGUGACGGGCUCUCUAUGCCCAUCAUUUUGCUCUUCACUGGCAAAAUUAUGAACAAUAUCGGUGGCGCUUCCAUCACCAAUAACUUCUCUCACAGCAUCAACAAGAAUUCAGAAUUCCUGUGCUUCGUGGCGCUUAUGCAAGGGGUAUCUUGUUUUCUUGAGGGGUAUUGUUGGACAAGAACAGCAGAAAGACAAGCGUCAAGAAUGAGAUCAAGAUAUUUGAAGGCAGUGCUAAGGCAAGACGUGGGUUACUUUGAUUUGCAUGUCACAAGCACCGCCGAAGUCAUCACAAGCGUCUCUAGUGACAGUCUUGUUAUUCAAGAUGUUAUUAGUGAAAAGGUUCCAGUGUUCUUGACGAACUUAUUCACAUUCAUUGGGGCCUACAUAGUGGCAUUUGCACUUCUACGGAGGCUAGCAAUUGUGGCGUUCCCCUUUGUGAUAUUUCUUGUAAUCCCUGGUUUGAUGUAUGGAAGGGCAUUAAUGGGAAUAGCUAGAAAAAUGAGGGUGGAAUACAACAAGGCAGGGAUAGUAGCAGAACAAGCACUCUCUUCUAUUAGAACUGUUUAUGCCUUUGUUGGAGAGAGUAAGACUAUGAGAAAUUACUCUAUUGCCCUUCAAGGGACUGUUGAUCUAGGGCUAAAGCAAGGGUUGGCAAAAGGAUUAGCCAUUGGCAGCAACGGCAUAGUGUUUGCACUUUGGUCCUUCAUAGCUUACUAUGGUAGUAGAUUGAUUAUGUACCAUCACACAAGCGGAGGCAAUGUUUUUGCGACGGGAGCUGGCAUCGCCAUCGGUGGGCUGUCACUGGGUUCUGCUUUAUCAAACCUAAAAUACUUCUCCGAAGCAUCCGCGGCAGGAGAAAGAAUAUUGGAACUAAUAAAAAGAGUACCCAAAAUUGAUUCCGACAACAUGGACGGCCAAAUUCUCGAGAGCAUUUUGGGCGAAGUUGAAUUCAAAAACGUCAAAUUCGCCUACCCAUCGCGACCCGACACCCCCAUUUUCCAAAACUUCAACCUGAAAAUCCCAUCAGGAUUAACAGUGGCACUAGUCGGCGGGAGCGGGUGCGGAAAAUCAACAGUGAUCGCGCUUUUGCAACGGUUUUAUGAUCCAAUGGGGGGAGAGAUUUGUCUGGAUGGAGUGGCCAUUGAUAAGCUCCAAUUGAAGUGGUUGAGAUCUCAGAUGGGGUUGGUGAGUCAAGAGCCAGCACUAUUUGCUACAAGUAUUAAAGAGAACAUACUAUUUGGGAAGGAAGAUGGUGAUAUGGAAGACAUCAUUGCUGCUUCUAAAGCUUCUAACGCUCAUAAUUUCAUUUCUCAGCUGCCUCAGGGUUAUGAUACCCAGGUGGGUGAGAGAGGAGUUCAAAUGUCAGGGGGACAGAAGCAGCGAAUUGCAAUCGCUCGCGCCAUAAUCAAGGCACCGCGCAUCCUCUUACUUGACGAGGCCACAAGCGCGCUGGACUCGGAAUCAGAGCGAGUCGUGCAAGACGCACUCGACAAUGCUGCUGUGGGCCGCACAACUGUCAUCAUUGCUCACCGCCUCUCCACCAUCCGAAACGCCAAUGUCAUUGCCGUCGUCCAAAAUGGUCAGGUAAUUGAAACAGGCUCGCACGAUGAACUAAUCUGCGACGAAAACGGCAUGUAUGCAUCCCUAGUCCGGAUGCAACAAAGAGAGAAUAAGAGAGAAGUUCCAUCAAAUGGCGAUUCAACUUUGUCGAACAACCCAAAAAUGGAUUCAAACAACAACAGCAGUCGAAGAUUGCCAAUUCUAAGUCGAUCCAAUUCAGCAAACUCGGCUGCCCAAAGUCAGAGACUCGACAAUUCUUCUAAGGUGGGACUAGACCAAGAUUUUCCUGUUCCCUCAUUUCGAAGACUUUUGGCGAUGAAUUUACCCGAGUGGAGGCAAGCGGUAAUGGGGUGCAUAGGUGCGGUUCUGUUCGGUGCGAUUCAACCGCUUUAUGCUUUCGCAAUGGGAUCGGUGAUUUCGGUUUAUUUCUUGCCCGAUCACAAUGAGAUCAAGUACAAGAUAAGGAUUUAUUCGUUGUGGUUCGUUGGGUUGGCGAUAUCGUCCCUGUUGAUUAACGUAAUUCAGCAUUAUAAUUUUGCUUACAUGGGGGAGCAUUUGACGAAGCGGAUUAGAGAGAGGAUGUUGUCCAAGAUAAUGACGUUUGAAGUCGGUUGGUUUGAUCGGGAUGAGAAUUCUAGUGGUUCUAUUUGCUCUCGGCUCGCUAAAGAUGCUAAUGUGGUGAGAUCUCUGGUGGGCGAUAGGAUGGCACUCCUUAUCCAAACCUUUUCGGCAGUAACCAUAGCUUGCACCAUGGGCCUGAUCAUCGCAUGGAGGCUCGCAUUAGUCAUGAUAGCAGUUCAACCCCUCGUGGUCGUCUGCUUCUACUUGAAGCGCGUCCUUCUCAAGAACAUGUCCAAGAAGGCCUUGAAGGCCCAAGACGAAAGCAGCAAGCUAGCUGCAGAAGCAGUCUCCAACCUUCGGACUGUUACAGCCUUCUCUUCUCAGUCUCGAGUCCUCCAAAUGCUCGAAAAGGCCCAAGAAGGCCCACGACGUGAAAGCAUCCGACAAUCAUGGUUCGCUGGUAUUGGGCUUGGUACCUCCCAAUGCCUCAUGGCAUGCACUUGGGCUUUAGACUUCUGGUACGGUGGAAAGCUCAUCACCAAAGGCUACAUUACGUCAAAAGCCCUGUUUGAGACCUUCAUGAUCUUAGUUAGCACAGGUCGAGUUAUUGCCGACGCAGGGACCAUGACUAAUGACCUGGCGAAAGGAUCUGAUGCAGUCGGGUCAGUUUUUGCUGUGUUGGACCGAUUUACGUGUAUUGAGCCCGAAGACCUUGAAGGCUACAAGCCCGACAAAAUAACGGGCCAUGUGGAGCUACGCGACAUCCAAUUUGCAUACCCGGCUAGGCCCGACGUCAUGGUCUUCAACCGAUUUUCUAUCAACAUUGAAGCAGGGAGAGCAACAGCGUUGGUUGGACAAAGUGGGUCCGGGAAAUCAACCAUCAUUGGAUUGAUCGAGCGAUUCUACGACCCACUUAAUGGCAUUGUGAAAAUCGACGGUCGUGACAUCAAAUCAUACCAUCUGAGAUCACUAAGGAACCACAUUGCACUUGUUAGUCAAGAGCCGACUUUGUUUGCGGGGUCUAUUCGAGAUAACAUCACUUACGGUGCAUCAGAUAAGAUUGACGAAGCAGAGGUCAUUGAAGUGGCUAAGGCGGCCAAUGCUCACGAGUUCAUCGCGUGCCUAAAAGACGGGUACGAUACGUGGUGUGGGGAUAGAGGAUUGCAGCUGUCGGGUGGACAGAAGCAACGAAUUGCGAUAGCCCGUGCUAUAUUGAAAAACCCAGCAAUCCUGUUACUAGACGAGGCCACUAGUGCACUUGAUAGCCAAUCGGAGAAAGUUGUACAAGACGCGCUCGAGCGCGUGAUGGUGGGGAGAACUAGCGUGGUGGUGGCCCACAGGUUGAGUACGAUACAAAACUGCGACAUGAUUGCUGUUUUGGAUAAACGGAAUGUGGUGGAAAAAGGAACCCACUCUUCUUUGUUGGGUAAGGGUCCUGCUGGAGUGUACUUCUCGCUGGUCAAUCUUCAGAGAACGCCUAAGGCACUCGACGGUCAAUUUUAAUUUGUAUUUUGCAAAUGAUGGGGUUGAUGUAAGUUUCUCAGAAACAUGAGCAGGGGAAGAUGCUCCCUUUGUGAUUCCGUAAGUAAAUUCUAAUAAUAGUUUGCAAUAUGUCAAUCCGCAGUGGUGAUGAAUUGAAAAACUUCGAUCUAACA